AUGCAAGGACUUUGCAAGGUUUGGCCCAAGCUGUGCGAAUGGCUUGCCAUGAAGAGAAAGAAGGCAAAGACCCAAGCCGAUGCGAAGCUCAGCCAAGCCGACUCGGACUCGGGCGACGGUGAGCCGGCGGGAUCCGAAUCCGCGGGCAAACCGCCAAAACCAGCGAAUCCCAAUCCGGAGGCGGGCUGGAAAGGCUUCUGCAGCGCCUGCGCGUCGAUUUUGGGGCGGGAGCUGACGCAGCCGGAUGCCCCGGUGCUGGCCGAGACACAGCUGGAGCAGAAGCUCAGGCAGGGCAAGGCGGAGCUGAAGGAGAAGCGGAUCCAGGCGCUGGAGAACAAGGUGCAGAAGGACAAGGGCCAUGCGUUGCCCGAUGUCCUCAUGAAAAACCUGGAGGUGCAUCUCCGGAAGUACGCCACCCAGGGGGUGGUCCGGCUCUUCAACGCGGUCAAGGACUACCAGGCGCAUACGGAGGACAAGGACAAGGUGGAGAAGUACGAGUUCAACAAGAUGCCGCUGAAGCAGCGGGGCAAGCUGUUGGCCAAGAGCAAGCAGGAGAAGUUUGAGAAGUCCUUGAAGAAGGCGAAGGCGGCGAAGAGCAAGGACACCAACAAGGCCAGGCAGAAGGAUAAAAACAACAGUGCGCACAACAUGCUGGACGAGUUCGGCUAG